UCUUUUCUCUAUUUUGUAGCUAUUACUAGGAUCUGCUUUAAAUACUUUCAAGGCAGUUCAGGAGACGAAAUUGCAUCAACUUCUUCUGCCAUUGUACGAAACCCAAGGGCUUCUGUGCAGAAUGACAAAAAUGGCAGUCUAACAAGUGAAAACCAAGAACGACUUAAAAUUGUUGUUUCAGAUGUAGAAGCUGCUAAUCUGAAGAAAGGGAUAUUUUUUAAUCCGGAUCCCUACAUUAAAAUGGUAGUUCAUCCUGGACGCUCAUCGGCUCAACUUUCCCACCAUAGUAAACCAGUUCGAACUACCAUUGAAUCCAAUACAACCAAUCCAAGAUGGGAAGGACAGGUUUUUACCCUUGAUGCUAUAGCUACUGAUACAAUUGAAUUUGAAGUGAAAGACAAGUUUGCAAAGAGUCGUCCUACUAUAAUUCGCUUUUUAGGACGUGCAGAGGUUUCAGUACAAAGAAUUAUUGAUAAAGUAAAUGCUGCUUGUGGUCCAGUCAACUUUAAUUUGGAUUUAGUACGGAGACAUCCUCGAGAAAAUGUGAGUGGAACACUCAUGCUUACAACUGGAGUUCAAGUCGAUAUUCAAGCUGGUUAGUAUUGAGCUUUCUGCCUC